UCAAAUAUACAAGAAAAAGCAUUGGCCGAAGCCCGCCUGGACACUCGAAGCGUACUCUAUAUUAAAACAGUGAGAUCGACAUCGAAUUAACCCAAAACCGAAAGAAAAAACAGUAAGAUCGAAUACAAGCCUAGCUGUGCAUCUCUCUCCUCAGCCCUCUUCUUCUCUUGUGAUUUCUUUUUCUUGAUUCGCUAGGUUUCUACUUCAUUCAGAAAACAGAAGAUGCUUCCUCUUUCUCUUCUAAAAACUGCACAGGGGCAUCCUAUGCUGGUAGAACUGAAAAAUGGGGAGACCUAUAAUGGGCAUUUGGUCAAUUGCGAUACUUGGAUGAACAUCCAUCUUCGUGAAGUUAUCUGUACUUCUAAGGAUGGAGACCGGUUUUGGCGAAUGCCUGAAUGCUAUAUCCGUGGAAAUACUAUCAAGUAUCUUCGAGUUCCUGAUGAGGUAAUUGAUAAAGUUCAGGAAGAAACAAAGAGUCGUGCAGAUAGGAAGCCUCCUGGUGUAGGCCGUGGCAGAGGUAGAGGUAGAGAAGAUGGUCCUGGUGGAAGGCAACCAAAGGGAGUUGGCCGUGGGCUAGAUGACGGUGCUAAGGGUGCAGGUGGAGGCCGAGGCAGGGGUGGUGCAGGUGGAAAGACCAGUGGAAAUAGAGGUGGUGGCCGAGGUCGAGGUUGAUGUGAUGCUGCUUUGUUGUGGGGUGACUUUGCUAUUUUUAGAAGCAUGUUGCAUCCAAAUGACUCAAGUUGGGUUCUUCUGUUGGGUUGAUUCUAUCAGUGAUUGUCUCAAAAGUGCCAAAUAUAGGUAGCAUUGCAGAAUUCAGUUGAGGAUCUUGUAUUGUGGUUUAUCAUUUUACCUUAUUGCCCUUUUCGUGUAUUGAGGUUGUAGUUUGUAAGACAAUUUCUCUGUUAAGUUCAUGCGUUCAAGUUAAAUGAUUAUCUCUCUGCCUUUUGUGUUGGGUACC